AUGGUAAAUGAUGCGUCCACGUACAAGCAACGGAAAGACAAUCCAUCGAACCGAGUGCUAAAAAUGUUAAACAGCAUAAUAGAACAGUGGUGGUUAGACCAGCACAUCGACAGAGCGACGAAACACAAGCUUAAGAUGUACAACUGCACCCCACCGCGAAUCUAUGGACUCCCCAAAAUUCACAAAGAAAACUGCCCCCUCCGUCCUGUGAUAUCCACCAUCGGUUCAGCAACCUACCACAUGGCUCAGUAUCUAUCGGGAAUUUUAAACAAUUUAGUGGGAAAAACGGAGUACCACGUUCGCAACAGCUUCGAAUUCGCUAAGGAGAUAUCCAAGAUACGGGUACCGGAAGGAUGUGUAAUGUAUUCAUUAGAUGUGGUAUCCCUAUACACUAAUAUACCUAUCAAUAAAGUGUACGAGUACGUCGAAGAAAGAUGGAAUGAAGUAGCACAAACAACCACUAUUCCUUGGGACAGUUUUAAACAAGCAAUGAAAACUGUACUAGAAGCCUCCUUUUUUCAGUAUGACGGAAAGUUCUACGACCAAAUAUUUGGAGUGCCCAUGGGAUCCCCCCUCUCUCCCGUCAUUGCUAACAUUGUUAUGGAAAAAUUAGAGGGAGAGGCCCUCGAGGGAUUGAAGCAAAAGGGAAUAUCGCUGAUAGUGUACCGACGGUAUGUAGAUGAUUGCUUUCUUGUGGGUAAAGAAAAUGAGAUAGAAACUGUCAUCGAAGAAUUUAACGAACAACAUACUAGCAUUAAAUUCACGGUAGAAAAAGAAAGCAACGAAUCGAUUCGCUUUUUAGAUCUACUAUUAUCCAGAAACGGGGAAAAAAUCGACAAAAAAUGGCUCCCGAAACAGAAAACAGGACGGUAUUUGGACUACACAUCGGAGAGCCCAUACACCCACAAGAAGAACACCGCAAUUGCACUUAUGGACCGAGCACUAAAACUCACGGAUGCGAACAAAAGGGAAGAGAGCAUAACAGAGGCAUCUAACAUACUACGCGCCAACAACUAUCCGGAACACAUCAUAAAAAGUGUGCUUAAACAGCGGGUAGACAUACUCUACAACACCCUACAAACCAGGAGCGCAGACGAGCAAACAGCAAAAUAUAUAUCCAUUCCAUAUAUCCCCUGCUUGAGCGAGAAAAUCGGCAAGGUAUUGCGCAAGAAUGACUUAAAUGCAGUAUACAAACCAAAUGACAAAAUAAAAAACACGAUCUUCACGAUGCUGAAAGAUAAAAUACCAAAAAUGCAGCAAACAAAUGUAGUCUACAGCAUUCCAUGCGGCGGAUGCACCAAUAAAGAGUACAUCGGGCAAACUUCCCAAACCCUAGAGAAACGCAUUAGCCAGCAUAAAAACUCUAUACGCACUAGCACAUCGAUAACCGGCCUAACACAACACACAAGAGAAUGUGGACACCACUUUAACUUCAACGAAACGAGAAUAUUGGAGAGAAUUAACCACGAGUCCAACAGGUUAACAGCGGAGGUUCUUCAUAUUAAGCUGAGAGAGCAAAGAGCGGUAAACCUUCAACGGGACGCCGCCAGCUUCGCCUGCACAUAUAACGGUCUUCUUAAUAAGCUACGAUCGACGCGCAAUGGCACUGGUGAGAAAGAAGAGAGACGCCAACAGUGA